GAGUGGUGUAUGGAGAAAAGUUUGAUUGCAAUAUCGUAUAAGUGCCCAAUUUGUGGAACAAAUAUGAAACUAGUAGAGCGAAAAAACCGUAUAGACGGUUUUGAGUGGAUGUGCAGAGUUACUGGAGGCGAAUGUAGGCAUCGAAUUUCAAGGUCUGUUCGAAAGAACUCCUGGUUUGCGAAGAGUAAAUUGAGCAUGUGUGAUGUUUUGCGAGUUACCUAUAUGUGGUUGGGUAAGUGCGGGAAUGAUUUUAUACGAACGGAAUUACGUAUUGCUAAAAAUACGGUGACAGAUUGGAAAAGUUUUUGUAGGGAAGUAUGCAUGGAGUUAUGUUUGAAGGAGAAUGUGAUGUUGGGUGGGGAAGGCGUGAUUGUCGAAAUCGACGAAAGCAAGUUUGGCAAGCUAAAGUAUCAUAGAGGAAAAAGAGUCGAAGGAAGAUGGGUUUUUGGUUUGGUUGAGAGAGGGACAGAUAAAUGCGUCUUUAGAGUUGUUGAAAACAGAGGUGCCGAAACAUUGCUAGAAAUCAUUAAAGAGAAUGUUCUACCAGGAUCGAUUGUUAUAUCGGAUUGUUGGAAAGCGUACGACUGUCUCGAGUUCGAAGGAUAUGCGCACUUGAAAGUCAAUCAUAGCUUGCAGUUUAAAGAUCCAGAAACAGGUAGGCAUACCAAUAGUAUUGAGGGAACUUGGGCAGCAAUCAAAAGAAGUUUCCGUGGCUCUAGUAAGGCAAAAGGACAGUUUGAUUCCUAUCUUGCUGAAUACAUUUGGAGAAGGAAACACAAGAAAUCCGACGCCAGCCAAUUGAUGCAUAUAUUUCUGAGUGAGAUCACAGCCAUAUAUUCUGCAAAAGGAGAGGACAGAAGGUAA